AUGCCCAUUAAUACUAAUAAAAAUGAAAAACAACAACAAAAAAAUUUAUUUUUUUAUUGGCUACCUAAUAUCACAAAAAUGGGACAAAAUGUCUUCGUUCAUUCCAUCAGAUAUUUAAUUGUUAUAUCCUCGCUAAUUUCUUUUACUUUGGUUAGCGCAAACACAACAUCUUUCAGUUUAACUGUAAUUUGUAUGGUUGAGGGAAGUAAUGGCAAUAUUACACAAGAAAAGCUUCAAGGAAAGAAUACAGCGUACUUCAAACGACUCGCAUACUCAACUACCGAAAGAAAUUCGUUAUUCUCGGCAGCAGCCUUGGGAUCAAUUAUUAGUGGAUUGGCUAUUACUAAAAUGUGCAUUCGGCUUAUGGAUGGAUUUCUCUCUGGAUUAACAGCAUUAGCACUUCCGUUAGCGGCCGCGAUUGGUUUUAUUCCCAUGUUUAUUAUUCGAAUGCUCCAAGGAAGUGCUGGGCCAGCUCAGUACGUAAUGAUUGGAACUGUUGCUAGAGAUUGGGCUCCGAGGAAGUCGAUUGGGAGUUAUUUGAUGUUACUCUCUUCACAUUUUCAAUUUGGAAGAGUAGUAGGUUUGCCUUUGUCGUCAAUCUUUUGUUCUCCAACAUUGGGUUGGCCAUUACUUUAUAUUUUGCUGGGUUCAUUGACCAUCAUUUCUUUCAUGUUCUUCUUUACUAUAUUUAGAGAACGACCGGAAAUUCAUCCUUUAAUUACCAGAGUAGAACUACAAAAACUUGGAAUAAAACCUUUAUCAGAAAAAUUAGUAACAAUAACAACAGACACAACAGAAGAAGAAACAAGCAAAAAUCAAUCUAUUCCUUACAAGAAAAUUAUUGAGGAUUGUGUUGUUUGGCUAGUGCUUUUAACUUAUUGGUCGGAUGAAAUUGGGUUUGAAAUGCUUGGACAAUUUGGGCCGACUUAUUUAAAUCGGGUUCUAGGCAUUGAUAUUCGCACAACGGGAAUUAUUAGUGCAACAACUUAUCUUCUCUCUGUGGGUGUUAAAGUAUUGGCUGGUUGGAUAUAUACCCAUUUACCGUUGAGAGGCGAACGUGCUCGUAUUAAUAUAUUUACGGCGCUUACUCAGAUUGGCAUGUCUUCCUGCUUUAUAUUAUUAGCACUACUCCCACUAGCAAAAUGGGUUCCCUUGUGGUCUGUGCAACUUGUCUACACGCUUAUCAACCUUUUUUGUGGUCUAGAUUUUCUCGGUGUUAUUAGAUGCUCACAAAGGAUAUCUCAACAAUUCUCUCACGUCUUAAUGGCCUGGAACAGCAUGAUUAGUUCAAUCACAAUACUUUUACUUCCCCUAUUCGUCACAUUAAUAGCUCCAUACAAUUUAAUUCAUGAAUGGAGUAGAAUAUACAUAAUUAUAGGGAUAUUCCAAUUAAUAAUGAUGACAUUCUUUUUUAUUUUUUGUGAUACAAAGCCUAGGGAUUGGACAAUUACAAGUAAUAAUAUAACAACUAAUAGUAGUGAAGAAGAAACAAGUGAAUAA